AUGGCAACCCAGAAGAUCAGAGUAGCGAACCCUGUUGCAGAGCUUGAUGGGGAUGAAAUGACCAGAAUCAUUUGGCAGCUGAUUAAAGACAAGCUGAUUUUCCCAUACCUCGACCUUCCAAUUCAAUACUUCGACCUUUCCAUCCAAAACCGUGAUGCCACAAACGAUCAGGUCACGCUAGACUCUGCUAGAGCUAUUCUUGACUGCAAAGUUGGAAUUAAAUGUGCCACAAUCACUCCAGAUGAAGCCAGAGUAGAAGAGUUCAACCUCAAAAAGAUGUGGAAAUCUCCUAAUGGAACUAUCAGAAAUGAGCUUAGAGGAACUGUCUUCAGAGAGCCAAUUAUUUGCAAGAAUGUCCCAAGAAUUGUCCCAGGCUGGAGCAAGCCAAUCAUCAUUGGAAGACACGCCCAUGCUGACCAAUACAGAGCUACUGAUUUCACAGUAGACCGAUCUGGAAAAUUCGAAGUCGUUUUCAAUCCUAAUGACGGCUCAGAAGGCCAAAGAUAUGAAGUCUUUGCUUUCCAAGGAGCUGGAAUUGGGCUAGCAAUGUACAACACUGACGAAUCAAUUGAAGAGUUCGCAAGAUCUUCCUUUGAAUACUCCUUAAACAGAGGCUACCCACUCUUCUUAUCCACAAAAAACACCAUUCUUAAGAAAUAUGACGGAAGAUUCAAAGACAUUUUCCAAGGGAUUUAUGACAGAGAAUAUAAGCAAAAAUUCCAAGAAAAAGGGAUUUAUUAUGAACACAGACUUAUUGACGAUAUGGUCGCUCAAGCUAUCAAAAGUAACGGCGGGUUUGUAUGGGCUUGCAAGAACUAUGACGGGGACGUUCAAAGUGACGUUGUAGCUCAAGGAUAUGGCUCUUUAGGACUUAUGACUAGUGUUUUGGUAUCCCCUUCAGGCGCUAUUGAAGCUGAAGCUGCUCAUGGCACUGUUACAAGACAUUAUAGACUUUAAGGAUUAAGGCUUCCUUGUUUAAUGUCACGCUCAAGGCAAGCCUUUAAAGAAGGCUUGCUCAGCUGCAGGCAAACUCCCUGAGUUUAUCAGCAUUUAUACCAAAGAUAGCUCUGCUCCAGCUUUCGGUCUGGCUCUUGGAGCUUUUUUCUGAGCCUGAGAGUGCAUAGUUUAGAGAUUGGAUGGCUGCUGCUUCAGUGAAUCGAAUCCCAAGCUAAGAAUAAAUUCUCUAGCUAGUAUCGGUACAAUUAUGCCUUCGCUGUUGGCACUAGAUGCCUCCAGGGUGAAAAGCCUAUUAUCUCUUGAUAUCCAUCGGGAAGACCUUAAGUCCUCGUUAUUGUUGGGCAAGGAGACAAAUUCAAGCUGAAUGCAAAUGCCUAGUAUCCGAUCCUCCUUUCCUGCUCAGUUUAGGUUCAGGCCGUAGCAGGCCCCCAAAAUCUGAACAUGUCGGGAGAGGGCAUCUCCAUUUUAUUUGUGCACAAGACAUUAUCGACAAUGGCAAAAAGGAGAAGAAACAUCAACAAACCCAGUUGCUUCCAUUUUUGCUUGGACUCGUGGACUAUUACACAGAGCAAAACUUGAUGGGAAUGAAGAACUUAAACAUUUCUGUGAAACCUUAGAAGCCGCAACUAUAAAGACAAUAGAACUUGGGUUCAUGACUAAAGAUUUGGCUUUAUGCGUCCACGGAAACCAAAUGAGAAGAGAGCACUGGCUUAACACUGAAGAAUUUUUCAAUAAAUUAGCUGAAGUGUUGGCUGCUGAACUAGCAAAGCCUUGCUGUUCUGAAGAAACCAAAGAAUGCUGUGAAAAAUCCUGUGAACAGUUUUGCAAAGAGUUCUGUAAGAAGUGCUGUGAUGAAUACUGUCAAAGCCACAGCAAAGAAGGAAAAGAAGUUUGCCAAGAAGCCUGCUUAAAGCAUUGCUUAGAAUCUUGCUUAGAAAGGUGUUGCCAAGAAUGCGUGAAGAGUUGUGAAGAAUCUGGCAAAGAAUCUGGCAAAGAAUGCUGUAGAGAAGUAUGCGAACAAAAAUGCAGAGAAUGGUGCCAGCAAGUCUGCCAAGAGAAUUGUUGCAAGGAAAAAAAGGAAUGCUGUGAGAAAUCUUGUGAAGAGAUUUGCAAAGAGUUCUGUAGGAAAUGUUGUGAUGAAUUCUGUCAGAGCCACAGCAAAGAAGGAAAAGAAGUUUGCAAAGAAGCCUGCUUAAAGCAUUGCUUAGAAUCUUGCUUAGAAAGGUGCUGCCAAGAAUGCGUAAAGAGUUGUGAAGAAUCUGGCAAAGAAUUCUGCAGAGAAGUAUGCGAACAAAAAUGCAGAGAAUGGUGUCAGCAAGUCUGCCAAGAGAGGUGUUGUGAGGAAACCAAAGAAUGCUGCGAGAAAUCCUGUGAAGAGAUUUGCAAAGAGUUCUGUAGGAAAUGCUGUGAUGAAUUCUGCCAAAGCCACAGCACAGAAGGAAAAGAAGUUUGCAAAGAAGCCUGUUUAAAGCAUUGCUUAGAAUCUUGUUUAGAAAGAUGCUGCCAAGAAUGCGUAAAGAGUUGUGAAGAAUCUGGCAAAGAAUUCUGCAGAGAAGUAUGCGAACAGAAAUGCAGAGAAUGGUGUCAACAAGUCUGCCAAGAGAGGUGUUGUGAGGAAACCAAAGAAUGCUGCGAGAAAUCCUGUGAAGAGAUUUGCAAAGAGUUCUGUAGGAAAUGUUGUGAUGAAUUCUGCCAAAGCCACAGCAAAGAAGGAAAAGAAGCUUGUCAAGAAGCCUGCUUAAAGCACUGCUUACUCCCCCCUCUGUGAGCGAACAAAAACAUGGGAAAAAUCCCUGUUUUUUUGGUAAAACCCUCCCUCCGUGAGAUAGCAAAAAAUUUUUUAAUAUUGCAAUUUUUUAGGAAAAACAAAAUUUGAUAUUUAAGUGAUAAUUAUUAUAACGAAAUCUCUAGCUAAUAUAGUUUAAUUUUAAAUAGCUUGCAUUUUAAAAUAUAAAUUUUCAAAUUAAAUUGUUUUUACAAAUGAGAAUUUUUAAAUUUUGAAAAAUUUCUAUAUAAAUUUUUAAAAAAAAAUAGCUCACUCGAGCGAACAAAAAUUUUUAUUCGCUCAUGGAGGGGGGAGUUAGAAUCUUGCUUAGAAAGAUGCUGCCAAGAAUGCGUAAAGAGUUGUGAAGAAUCUGGAAAAGAAUUCUGCAGAGAAGUAUGCGAACAGAAAUGCAGAGAAUGGUGUCAACAAGUCUGUCAAGAGAAUUGUUGCAAGCAAAGAAAGGAAUGCAGCGAAGAAAGUAAAGGAGGCAGCGAAGAAAGCAAAGGAUGCUGCGGAGGAAGAAAAGGGUGCUGCUAG